CGCGCUUAAAAAAAAAGUAGGGAAGUGCACAAGUUCGUGUUUACUUCCCGCGUGCCGUUUAUCAAAAAGCGUCGAUAAUAAAAAGCAGGAUGUUUGUCGCGCGCAGCAUCGCUGCCGAUCAUAAAGAUCUGAUCCACGAUGUUUCUUAUGAUUUUCAUGGGCGGAGAAUGGCGACUUGCUCCAGCGACCAAAGCAUUAAGGUGUGGGAUAAGGGUGAUAAUGGAGAAUGGAAUUGCACAGCCAGCUGGAAAACUCACAGUGGCUCGGUUUGGAGAGUGACUUGGGCCCAUCCAGAGUUUGGACAAGUGUUGGCGUCCUGUUCCUUUGAUCGUACUGCCAUAGUAUGGGAGGAGAUUGUUGGAGAGUCUAAUGACAAACAACGAGGACAAAGCCACUGGAUAAAGAGAACCACACUUGUGGACAGUCGGACAUCUGUGACCGACGUGAAGUUUGCCCCGAAGCACAUGGGAUUGAUGCUGACCACGUGUUCUGCAGACGGGGUGGUGCGAAUCUACGAGGCCCCUGAUGUGAUGAACCUGAGCCAGUGGUCCCUGCAGCAUGAGAUCUCGUCCAAACUCUCCUGCUCCUGCAUCUCCUGGAACCCCUCCAGUUCGCGAGCUCAUGCACCUAUGAUUGCAGUGGGUAGCGAUGACAGCAAUGUAACAUACGGCGGCAAAGUUCAGAUUUAUGAGUAUAACGAUGUUACAAGGAAAUAUGCCAAAGCAGAGACACUGAUGACCGUUACAGAUGCUGUACAUGAUAUUGCGUUUGCUCCAAAUCUGGGACGCUCUUUCCAUGUACUUGCUAUUGCAACCAAAGAUGUGCGCAUCUUCAAACUGGUUCCACUUCGAAAGGACAGCUCUUCUUCAGCACCCACUAAAUUUGAGGUGCAGGUGCUGGCUCAGUUUGACAGUCAUAACUCUCAGGUGUGGCGGGUCAGUUGGAACAUCACCAGCACGCUUCUGGCUUCCUCUGGUGAUGAUGGCUGUGUGAGACUCUGGAAAGCAAACUACAUGGACAAUUGGAAGUGUACGGGCAUUCUAAAGGGAGAUGGUAGUCCGGUAUCUGGUCAGCCUGCUCUGACCGGCGUUCUGGGAUCUGCUGCUGCGCCGAGUUCUCUAAACGGGGCCACUGGAAGGUGAUGGGACCACCCUGAUGAAAUCUGGAGCUGAGCACUUCUUUGAUGCUGGACUUCACACUGAGACCAACUGAUUGUGCUUGCUGGACAUACUGGCACUUACCAUGGGUCCAUUAUUAUUAUUAUAAACUGCCUUUAAGGAAUGUUCUUUAACUUCUUUUGAAUCUAAAGAAUUGUUUUAGUUUGGAUAAAGACUGUGGAAAAAUACAUGGCCUUUUUGCCCAUUUUUGUGCUUUGAAAUGGAUGUUUUGAUCACGAAAAGACACUGUAUCUAUAUUGAAGUACAUGUUGUAUUUUAAUUGUUCUUUGACAUUAAGGGAAAAAGGCAUUCCAAAGCUGCAAAAUAUAUUGGUCUAAUUUACUUCACUCCUAUGUUAUUGAAUGAGAAUCAUGAAUGUUAAUGUAUAAGGAGCUGGUAUAUAUGAAAUAUUCAGAAAUAUUUGAGCUUGUUUUUUUUUUUUCCCUUUUGCAUUUCUCCUCUAUUAGUAAAAUAGGCUAUAACGGUAGUAUAAUCCUUGCUGGGUUACUUUUGAUAGAUGAUCUGAUUUACAUGCACCAUCGUACAUGAAUUACAUGUAUGGUUUCUGUGAAGGAAAAAGGGAAGUUAUAUUAAAUGCAAUGGUGUUAAACACUUCA